AUGGAUAAGCGAAAUCGAGGUUCCAGCCAAUUGGGUUCUGAAGAUGAUGCUUAUACCACUCCAGGCCCUCCUGAUAUCUCGUCCUACUCGUAUUCUAACCCAUCCAACAACUCGCACAAGUCCCAGUACCGUCCGCAUGAUGCUGGUACCAUUGGAGGUUCUGAUAUCGAUAUUGAUGAAGAUGACUCAGAUUAUUCAUCUUCUAUGAAAGUCGAUCGUCCUUCUUCUAGCCUGCUUCGAAGGUCUGUUUUGGCCUCCAAGAACAAUGCAGAUAUAGCAGCUGAUACUGACAGCUUCUCUUCUAUCGACGAACAUCUUAGCACCACUUCCAGCAACCGUAUUAAUGACUCCAAUGGUUCAAUUGAUUCCAUUGGUUCUAUUGGCUCCAAGAAGAAGGCACUGCAUGCAGAAUCAAUGGCAAGAAACAGCUCUUCUACCAGAUUUCUGAGUUUCACCAAAAAAGCUGUUCGUUUAGUAGGAGAUAUAGCGUUUGGUCCAGUCGAUGAUGAUACCUAUGCCGAUGAAAGACGACUGAACUUGCUUAGAGCUCGCAAAACGGAGCUGUUGACUCAGAAGCGUAAGCAGCAGCUGGAAGAGCUUCGUAAACAGUUUUAUGAGUUUGGCAAGGAGAAGUAUCUAGAGAAUCUUCGCUUCUUUCUUAGGUAUAUGGACGAUUCCGAGUCGAACGACCCCUUGAACUACGCUGUAACGAGAAAAGAUAUGUGGCUUCUUUGGUAUAAGAAGUAUUUGCUUACUCUUAAGCACAAGAUUCAGCUCUACGAGAUCCUGAUUGGGCAGAAGAAGGAGUUAAAAAGAGUUUCGGUACAAAGUGUUACAGAUGUUGAAAAGUCAUCAAACGCAACGAUCACCGAUCUACCUCCGCUUCCCUCGAUAGCCUCGAUCCAGAAGAAUAUGUUUCAGGAUCGCAGAGUUGUGCUAGCGUUACUCUGGUAUCUUCAGAUACUAAAGAAGCUUCUUCAUCAGUCCCAUAUUUUAAAAGAUAUUUUCAGACGCAUGCAAGAUGUUAACGAGAGUGCAGAUCCGUCUUCUUCUCAGGAAAUGCCGGAGAUUUGUAUUCUCACCAGCAACAAACUGGGCAGUUCCGUUGGAAAAGCCACCAAAGACUUGAUGAAAAAUUCUAUUGCCGGUUCAAAUCUUGAGUUCAUCGAUGGUUGGAAUCUACGCCACGAGACGGAGGAUGUCCACAUCAAUCUCGUUACUGUGGCGGAUACUUUUAGAAAGCUAACGGAUCUCAAAAAUAAGGGAUACUUGAAGCCCGAAGUAUUGGCUCGUAAUCUUCAGUUCAAAGAUGCUCCCCUUCAUAAAGACUUUUACGAGUAUCAGCUUGAAGACCGUGAAAAGCGGUUCAUGGAGAACUACUCAUCCUUCACUACCCCGCGUGUCACUCAGAUACCCCUUGCUGACUCUUCACAGUCUUGCAUAAUCUGUGAAGACAUGACCUCAUGUGUAGAUGAUAAUGACUCACUAUUGGAUACUCUCAGCGAAUUUGGAAGAGUAUUGAAACAUAACGGCUCCCUCUAUUUACAACUAUGGGAUAUAGAUCCUUGCUCGGAAGUGCAAAUUGAGCAAAGGGAGUCGCGUAUCUGUAACUCAAAUGAGUAUAUUCGCUAUCGUAUUUGGCAGAAGUUAGCCGAAUAUUCUGAAAGUCAUCAUUUAGCACUUACAGAUAUUACUAAAAGGAUAAUUCCAGCGCUCAAAAAAGCUGGCUUCAAGAAGGUGCAUUCAACACUUGUGGGUUAUCCAAUGCUUUCAACUCUGAGAGAAGUGGAUCAUAAGGUGUCCAAAAGAGAAGAGUCCAGAGAGGAGUCCAGAGAGGAUGCCAAAUUGGAGACCAGAGAAGAUUCCACGAAAAGACAGAAAGGCCAGACUUCAGAACAUUUUGAUACUCACAAAAGAGAAAGAAUUGGAUCGCAGAGUACUACUGGCACGUUGCACUCGUCUGCUUCUGAAGAUACGAGAAUCGACUCAUUCUUUGAAGUGCUAUCAUCUUUUACUGAGUUUCUAAAAAGUGUGAAAGCAUUGAGACUGCAUGGACUUCAAUCCGAAUUGACUGUGUGCGAACAGAUCGAAAUACUACGGAAAAAACAGGCGGAAGAGGGUGAAGACAGAUCCAGAUCUUUGGAGAUCAAUAGACUGCUUGAAUCGAUGAACCAGAUCGACAAAUCUCGACUCGAAUUGACUAAACUUUUUAUUGAUUACAAGUUGAACGGCACCGAUUCAGAGAUUGUGAAGACACUGAUUCUCAAUGGCACGACAUUUGGAGACUCCGCUUACAUCUCGUCCCAUGAUGGAACCAUCAAUGGAGAGACGAGAUAUGAAGGCUUGGGAUAUAUCAUGCUGGUUGUUGCCGAGAAGGCUUAG